CCGGCAUUGAACAUCCUUUUCAUUGCAAAAAACGCUCCUUUCCUUGCACGAGCAUUGUUUGCGCCACACUGGGCCUGGAUUAGAACUCCUCUCCCUGCGCCGUCCGAUUACAGAGGAGAGGGCCAUCGGCGUGCUAUUUUUUUUUACUCCUUUAGUAUUGUUGUAAUACUCUAAAAGCUUGAUUUCCAAGUCCCAACGCGCAAUGUUUAAAUUGCUUUUCUUAGCUGUUCUCGCCGGGGCUGCACGGGCCAGUGAUGUGCUGGAGUUUACGGAUGACGAUUUUGACAGCAAAAUCGGCGACCAUGAAAUGAUUCUUGUGGAGUUCUUCGCGCCGUGGUGUGGCCAUUGCAAACGUCUUGCCCCAGAGUAUGAAGCAGCAGCCACACGUCUCAAAGGCAUAGUCUCACUGGCAAAGGUUGACUGCACAGCCAAUACACAAGUGUGUGGCAAGUAUGGAGUGAGUGGAUACCCUACCCUGAAGAUCUUCAGGGAUGGAGAGGAGUCCGGGGGUUACGACGGACCCCGAACUGCCGAUGGGAUUGUGAGCCAUUUGAAGAAGCAGGCAGGCCCCGCCUCCGUGGAGGUCAAGGCAGUGGCCGACUUCGAGAAGUUUGUUGGAGACCGUGAUGCAAGUGUUGUAGGUUUCUUUGCUGACGGGGGCAGCUCAGCCCAGGCAGAGUUCCUGAAGUCGGCCAGCUCCUUGAGGGAAUCUUACCGUUUUGCGCAUACCAACUCUGAGGAGCUCCUGAAGAAAUACGACAUUGAGGGAGAAGGGAUUAUUCUCUUCCGGCCACCCCGCCUCAGCAAUAAGUUUGAGGAGAGCAGUGUGAAGUUCAGCGAAGACAAGAUCACCAGCGGAAAAAUAAAGCGCUUCAUCCAGGAAAACAUCUUUGGAUUAUGUGCCCACAUGACUGAGGACAACAAGGAUCAGCUGAAGGGCAAAGAUCUGCUGGUGGCCUACUAUGACGUGGACUACGAGAAGAACCCCAAGGGCUCCAACUACUGGAGGAACAGGGUGAUGAAGGUAGCCAAGGGCUUCCUGGACCAGGGGAAGAAGCUGGCCUUCGCCGUAGCCAAUAAGAACAGCUUCAGCCACGACGUGUCGGAGCUGGGCCUGGAUGCGAGCAGUGGGGAGGUGCCCGUUGUUGGUAUCCGCACCGCCAAGGGAGACAAAUACGUCAUGCAGGAGGAGUUCUCGCGUGAUGGCAAGGCUCUGGAGCGCUUCCUGCAGGAUUACUUUGACGGAAAGCUGAAGCGCUACCUCAAGUCUGAGCCCAUCCCCGAAAACAACGAUGGCCCAGUCAAGGUUGUCGUGGCUGAGAACUUUGAAGAAAUCGUGAAUGAUGACAGCAAAGAUGUUCUGAUUGAGUUCUAUGCACCGUGGUGUGGUCACUGCAAGAGCCUGGAGCCCAAAUACAAGGAACUGGGAGAGAAGCUUGUGAACGACCCCAACAUUGUCAUUGCUAAGAUGGACGCCACAGCCAAUGAUGUACCCCCGCCAUAUGAAGUCAGAGGGUUCCCCACUAUCUAUUUCUCUCCCGCUGGGAAGAAGCAGAGUCCACUGAAAUAUGAGGGAGGCCGUGAGGUCAGCGACUUCGUCUCCUACCUGAAGAGAGAGGCGACGAACCCCCCGGUGGUGAAGGAGGAGGAGAAGAAGUCCAAGAAGAAGAAGUCCGAAUUGUAAAUCCCCCUGCCCCCUGCAGCGCGAUGUGCUUAUCAUGGGAAGUGUGAAGGAGACUUUAAAUUAAAUUCCAAUCUUUAGCAUACCGCAGAACGAUCCGACCCAAGUCCUGACGACGUCCCUGCUCUGGACGGGCUGCUCCGUGAUCACGGCGGGCGGAAGGUCGCGAUGGCCAGAGAAUGUCAAUGUUAAAUGUCUCGAGAGGGGGGAAAGCAAAAAACUUUUGAAUUUGAGAUUAUUUCCCCUUUACUGUCCCUCGAAUAGAUGCACUUAUGUUUUUUGAGACCCAUUCCAGUUACAGGUUGCAUUCUUUAAUGGGGGAGGGGGGGGCAAUCAUGUGGUGAACUUUUUCUCUUUUCUUUCUGGGUUUUUUUUGUUUUUGUACCACAAGUUUUUUUGUACAUUUGGAAGAACUUAAAGAAAUAAAGGCCCUUAAACCAA